CGACAAAGCCCGCGACGAGGCGACGAAUCCAAUUUUUUGCCCGUUUACAAGCAUUCGUUGUAAUUGUACACGUUGCUCUUCUUCUGACUUGGUCCACGUCCAGUUGGUGUCAAAUAUUCCCAUUGACAUUGCAACUGUUUUCCUCACUUCACUUCACACACCGUUCACACCACCAAAUCCCAUAAUCUUCGAGCCCUUCCGUCCUACUCACUCACCCACCGCAUAAUCACCACUACAACUCUACCAACUGCAAACCACCCACAAUGAGCGUCGUCGGCAUAGAUUUUGGUGCUCAGAGCACAAAGAUUGGUGUUGCGCGAAACAAGGGAAUAGACAUUAUCACAAAUGAGACUUCCAAUAGAUCGACGCCAUCCCUAGUUGGCUUUGGCCCCAAAAGCAGAUAUUUGGGUGAAGCGGCCAAAACUCAAGAAAUCUCAAACCUGAAAAACACAAUCUCUUCACUGAAGCGCCUCGCCGGCCGGACGAUCGACGAUCCCGAAGUGGCCAUUGAACAACAGUUCAUCACUGCACCUCUCGUCGAUGUCAAUGGACAAGUCGGGGCCGAGGUCACAUAUCGGGGGGAGAAGCAAAAGUUCACCGCGGUCCAGCUGAUCGCCAUGUACUUGGGCAAGAUCAGAGAUACGGCGGGUCACGAACUGAGACUGCCGGUCUCCGACGUGGUCAUCAGCUGCCCACCGUGGUUCACCGACGCUCAGCGCAGAGCCAUGCUGGACGCCUCGGAGAUUGCUAACCUCAAGCUCCUGCGUCUCAUCAACGACAACACCGCCAUCGCGCUGGGCUACGGUAUCACAAAGUCGGAUCUGCCGGAAGGUGAUGCCAAACCCCGCCGCAUCGCCUUUGUGGACAUUGGGUACAGCGACUACACAUGCUCCAUCGUCGAAUUCCGCAAGGGGGAGCUGUCCGUCAAGGCCACCACGUUUGACCGACAUUUCGGUGGUCGGAACAUCGACAAGGCUCUGGUGGACCACUUUGGCGCCGAGUUCAAGGAGAAGUUCAAGGUCGACAUCACGACCAACGCCAAGGCGACCACCCGGGUCGCGGCCGCGGCCGAGAAGCUGAAGAAGAUCCUGUCCGCCAACGCCCAGGCCCCCAUCAGCAUCGAGUCGCUCAUGGACGACAAGGACGUACGAGGCAUGCUGAAGCGGGAGGAGCUCGAGGAGCUGAUCAAGCCUCUCCUCGAACGCGUCACCGCGCCCUUGGAGCAGGCCCUGGCCGAGGCGAAGCUCAAGCCCGAGGACAUUGACGCCAUCGAGAUGGUCGGUGGUUGCACGCGUGUCCCCGCCAUCAAGGAGCGUGUCAGCAAGUUCUUCGGCAAGCCUCUGUCCUUCACCCUGAACCAAGACGAGGCCAUCGCGCGCGGCUGCGCCUUUAGCUGUGCCAUCCUCUCCCCCGUCUUCCGCGUGCGUGACUUCUCCGUCCACGACAUCGUCACCUACCCGAUCGAGUUCAUCUGGGAGCAGUCGCCCGAGAUCCCCGACGAGGACACGAGCCUGACCGUCUUUAACAAAGGCAACGUCAUGCCCUCGACCAAGAUCCUGACCUUUUACCGCAAGCAGCCCUUCCACCUCGAGGCCCAGUACGCCAAGCCCGAACUGCUGCCCGGCAAGAUCAAGCCGUGGAUCGGCCGCUUCUCCGUCAAGGGCGUCAAGGCCGACGACAAGGACGACUUCAUGAUCUGCAAGCUCAAGGCCCGGCUCAACCUCCACGGCAUCCUCAACAUGGAGAGUGGGUACUACGUCGAGGACGUCGAGGUCGAAGAGCCCGAACCGGAGAGCAAGGACCCCGACGCCAUGGACACGGACCAGCAACAGCAGGCCAACGGUUCCGCCGAGAAGCAGCCCAAGAUGCGCAAGGUCAAGAAGCAGGUCCGCAAGGGCGACCUCCAGCUCGUCGCCGGCACCACCGCCAUGGCCGACACCGACAAGGUCGCGGCCGCCGAGAAGGAGAACUCCAUGUACAUGGAGGACAAGCUCGUCACCGACACCGAGGACAAGAAGAACGAACUCGAGGCCUACAUUUACGAGCUCCGAGGCAAGAUCGACGACGUCUAUUCCGAAUUCGCCAGCCCCGAAGAAAAGGACAAGAUUCGAGACAAGCUUGAAAAGUCAGAAGACUGGUUGUACGACGAUGGAGAAGAUGCCACCAAAGCCCAGUACGUCGCCAAGAUGGACGAGAUCCGGUUCGUGGCCGGCCCCGUCAUCCAGAGAUACCAAGACAAGAUCGAGGAGGAGCGACAGGCCGCCCAAAAGGCUCAAGAGGAAGAGGCCGCCCGCAAGCGAGCCGAGGCCGAAGCCAGGAAGAAGGCCGAGGAAGAGGCGAAGAAGGCCGCCGGCGACUCCGCCGCUCCUGACACUGAGAUGAAGGAUGCCGACGCUGAGGCCGUCAAGCCCGACAGUGUCGAGGAGAAGUAGAAACACGCCCGACACCCAUUAUUUUUUUUUUUCACACUUGACUCUUCACGAAGCCAUGCCCUUUUGGGGGGUGGUUUUUUAAGAAGAAAAAAGCGCCCCAAAAAAGGCUUGUGCUCCUGUGGAAAGAGAAGAAAAGAAUAAGAACAAAUAGCAAAAAGAAAUCUUGACAAAAGAGAGGCACGGAAUAUUGAAUGAAGGGGAGGUUAUCUCACAACCUCUAGCUAUGAACAUAGGGGUCUUGGUGCGCGGUGUGAAACUAUGCAUAGCGAAUGGGAAACGUUUUCGGGCGUCGCGAUUGCGGGCAAAUAGAUAGACAGCGAAUUCUCAGUCGUUUUCUUUUCUUCCG